UAUGGACUCCGAUGCCAGUCUGGUGUCCAGCCGCCCGUCCUCACCGGAGACGGAUGACAUCUUCCUUACAGCCCGGAGCAAGAGCAGCAGCGGUGGUGGUGGCGGUGGCUUCUCCGGGGGCACGGUCUCCUCUUCUACACCAAACGACUGCCAGCCGGAGCUAAGCGCGGAGCUUCGAAACGCCAUGGGCGCGGCGGGCGUGCACCCGGGGGACAAGCUGGGCGGCGGCUGCUUUAAGUCUUCGUCCUCCACCACCUCUUCUUCCUCUUCCACUUCAUCGUCUUCCUCGGUCGCAUCUUCUACCAAGAAGGACAAGAAGCAGAUGACAGAGCCGGAGCUACAGCAGCUUCGGCUCAAGAUCAACAGCCGGGAGCGCAAGCGGAUGCACGACCUCAACAUCGCCAUGGACGGGCUUCGUGAAGUCAUGCCGUACGCGCACGGCCCCUCGGUGCGCAAGCUCUCCAAGAUCGCUACUCUUCUUCUGGCCCGCAAUUACAUCCUCAUGCUUACUAACUCCUUAGAGGAAAUGAAGCGGCUGGUCAGCGAGAUCUACGGCGGCCACCACGCUGGUUUCCACCCCUCCGCCUGCGGGAGCUUGGCACAUUCGGCGCCCUUGCAGGCUGCCGCUGCGCACCCAGCAGCGGCCGCCGCGCACGCCUCCCACCACCCCGCAGUCCAUCACCCAAUAUUGCCGCCCGCUGCGGCGGCGGCAGCUGCAGCUGCUGCAGCCGCCGCGGUCUCCAGCGCCUCUCUUCCAGGCUCUGGCCUCUCAGCGGUCAGCUCCAUCCGACCCCCGCAUGGCUUGCUCAAGUCGCCCUCGGCGUCCGUGGCCACCCCCUUGGGCAGUGGAGGGGGAGGCGGUGGCAGUUUCCAACAUUGGGGUGGGAUGCCCUGCCCGUGUAGCAUGUGUCAGGUGCCACCACCUCACCACCACGUUUCCGGCAUGAGCACGACCAGCCUCCCCAGACUCACUUCCGACGCCAAAUGA